GCCAUCUUUCAUGUUGUUGUAUUGGUUGUACCUCUGUCACAUCCAUGGCGACGUCUGUGAGGUCUAAAGGAGCAAGAUCUGCUUCUCCAUUAAGGAGCAGCGCACCCGACAAUCUACGCCGUUCUGGAAGCUUUGGUAAAUCAAGUGGGAAAAACCAACAUUUAGCUGCUUCGUUUGAUUCCAAAUCGAGAAAUCAUGUAAGAUCUUCGUCUUCCACAGCUGAAAUUGGAAACAUUGAAAAUGAGUACAUUAGGAAUCUACAACAACAGAUUUACUUCCUUGAAUUGGAAGCCAACUAUCUAGUCUCAUGCAGCAGAGAAACGUCAAUUAGUGAACGAGAUAGUCUCGCUGAAAAAGAUGUCAGACCUUCGUGAGCGAGAAAGUGCAAGACGAGAUGUGCAAGUACAUCAGUACAAGAGUGAAGCUGAUAAAGGGUUGACUGCUUUACAGGAGGCGGAAAGAAAGGUCCAACACUACAGAAUAGAGCUCGACCACAAGACUGAAGAUUUGAACAAUUUAAGAAUUGAACUUGAAGAGAAGAGAGCUGAAUGCUUGAAGCUUAAGACGCAGCUGCAAGAAAUGGACGACAAGUUUUUUGACUCUCAAGCAAAAACUAAAGAGGAGUUAGGAAGGAUCGUGCACAUAAGGACGAGAAAGAUUUCCGUCGACACGCGAAUAUCCAAGAGCUUGUGGCUCUGAAAGAAAGCGAGAAACAUCUACAGCAUGAGCUUGAACGGGUCAAGGAGCUGCUACGAAUUGAACAACAAAAUCACAGGGAAACUCUUGCCAAGUUGUCAAGAGAAGAGCAAGCAUCCCUUGAAGCGAACGUGAAGCGAACUCAACUUCGUAACGAAUUAAACGAAGUGGAAGGACACCAAGACUCAACUAACUCAGAGAACGUGGCUCUAAAGAGAGAUAAACUACUCCUUGCUGACGAAGUAGCGAACUUAAACGCAAAGCUCGACGAACGUGACGAGGAAGUGGAGCGCCUCAAGGUGCGACUGGAAGACUCCGAGUCGCGCUGCUCGCAUAUGGAAUCCAAAGUUCGAAUGCAGCGAAGCUUGGAAUCCAUCAAGUGGGAAGAAUUUGAGAAAUUGGCUACAACCAUGAGAGAAUUCUCCCGAUCGAUGAGUCCAUCAAAAAGUGGUAGCUUGGUGGAUCAUUAGACGAGUGUCCUUUUUGAACCUUUCGUCUCUUCUGGAGUGCAAAAUUAAUCCCAUUAUUUGGUUUGUCAGAGAUUCCCUCGGUUAAGAGCAGUUAUGAUUGUAUUUUGGUGUUCUGCUCUAAUUCAAGAGUGCCGUCAUUUCCUUGCGCCGUGGUAACCUUGGUGAUUUGCAACGUUAUAGGACGAGCUGCAUUAACCUUUUCAGUGCCAUGGACACCACAGAUGAGCUUUCAUGAAAAGCCCUUUGCAGUUAGUGACCUAUGUACAUCAGUUAGUAAUAAAGCUACGAUCAUGAAUAGCUCAGAACGAAAAAAUCGACAGAGGAAACUUUUCAAGACUACCUUUAACCAGGAAAUCACCAAAAAAAUAUAUGGUGUGUUAAUUUUGCACAUUUUUUUUUCUUACGUUUUUACUUCUCUUAAAUUUUAUUAAAUCUAGUUCUUAUUCCUUUAAAUUUCUAUGUCGAUUCUCUGUGAUCAGAAACACUCGGUGAUUAUCUUAUUUUUUCUUAAAAUCUGUACGCUAUACAAUUUAUUGACAAUAUGAAGGGAAGUUAUAUCUUAGUCACCUUUGAAAAUGAUGAGCGCAGUGUUUAAGUGUGAAAAUGGUUUUGAAAAAGAAGUGCGUAGAACUAUGAUAGAAAAUAUUAAUAAAAACAUUUUAAUA